AUGUCAAACCCUGCGUUACAAGUAUACGGUGGAGAUGAAAUAAAUGCUAUUGUGAUAGAUCCAGGUUCUUUUGUGACAAACAUUGGCUAUUCGGGGACAGACUGUCCCCAAUCGAUAAUGCCUUCGAGCUACGGGAAUGUAGAAACAGAUGGUGAUACUAAGCGCAUUUUCAAUGAGCAGCCCCUUUUGUUUCCUCGCGCUGGGAUGGAAAUUAAACCUAUAGUGGAAAAUAGUACCAUUGUGGAUUGGGACAGAGCUCAAGAGCAAUGGGAAUACGCGUUAAAUACUGAUCUAAAAUUCGAAUCGAAUAAAGGAACUCCAGUUCUGCUUACAGAGCCCAUCUGGAAUUCGGAAGCUAGUAGGAAGAAAUCGUUGGAAAUAUUACUCGAAUCAAUGGAAUUCGAAGCAUGUUAUUUGGCUGCCAACUCAUCGGCUGUUUCUUUUGCCAUGGGAAGACCUACUUGUCUUGUGGUUGAUAUAGGACAUGAUGUCUCUACAGUCUCUCCAGUUAUUGAUGGGAUGACUCUUUCGAAAUCUUCUACUAGGAAUUAUGUUGCAGGGAAAUACUUGAACCAUUUGAUUGCCAAGAAUUUGAAACCAAGAGAAAUAGUGCCUAUCUUCCAAGUUUUGAAGAAGAAACCAGACUUUGUAAAAAGAACAUUAUCCUUUGACGUUAAUGAAUCCGUUAUCAAUUUUGCCAAUGAAAGACAAUUCUUCCAAGAGUUCAAAGAGACUUUGUUGCAUAUUGCUCCAAAGUCUUUAAGUUCCUUCAAAGAUGAACUGGCAACACAGACAAAAAGAUCACUAGAAGCACCGUGGGGUGAAGAGUUGAUAUUCGAUGCAGAUACUAGAUACUCGUUCGCAGAACAACUAUUUCGUCCAGUGAAAGAAGACUUCCCGGAAGGAUGGCCUGCUUCCACUGACGGUAUCGUAAAAACAUGGCACAACGAUUACGUUCCAUUGAAGAGAACCAAGCCAGGUACAAGUACAAAUACUAAAGAAAAGGAAAAUACUGCCGAAUCCACCCCUGUACCAGCAUCUACGGAACAAGAAGCGGUGGACUCGCCUUCACAGGAACCUAAUGAAAAUGGUAAAAGACCAGUGGAAAAUAAAGAGGAUUCCUCCAACAACGAACAAAAUAGUAACGAAAUUAAAAAUGAAGAUGCGAAUUCCAAUGAAUCAUCUGCAAAAGCUACAGUACCUUCUAAUGGGAUUCAAGCCAAGGGCGAAGAUGAAGUAGCCGGAAUUGUAGAUUUGAUCAAUAAAUCAAUGAUGGAAGCUGAUGUUGAUCUAAGAGCUACUUUAGCACAUAAUGUUGUACUUACUGGUGGUACCUCAAAGAUUCCUGGUCUUUCAGAUAGAAUCAUGCACGAAUUAAAUAAAUCAUUACCUGCAUUGAAAUUCCGGAUGCUAUCCUCCGGACAUCUGAGGGAAAGACAGUACCAAGGGUGGUUAGGUGGAAGUAUCCUCGCAAGCUUAGGAACUUUCCAUCAGCUUUGGGUAGGUAGAGAGGAAUACGAAGAAGUAGGACCCGAAAGAUUACUUAAAGAUAGGUUCAGGUAA